AGGUGGAAAAGCUCAACCAACUGAGCUAUAUCUCACUUGCCCACCCCCCACCCUUGACAAUAUUAUGGACAGUGUCUACCACUCAUCCUGACACGUGACAAGAAAGUCACUACCCGAGAUUUUCUCAGUCAAUGCUUGGUGGUGCAUAGUCCCCUCUUUUGGGAGGACCAUGCCAAAAUUGGCUAUUGCCAUACUAAUUAAUGUCACCCGACGCCCAUUUCAACAGCAGAAAUACACGCUGCGGAGAGACUCGUUCCCAGAUCCCGAGAAAAUGUCUAGCAUGCAGCAACCCCUCAAUGCAGGCCAAGCCCAAGGCCAGGGCCAGGCUAAGGCAGAAGAGUGGAUGCAAUCCACACAGGACACAGCAAAUCAAGCUAGGAACAUGACAUCUGAUGCAGCUCAAUCAGCCAAGGAGUCUGCCCAGCAUGGAAAGGACCAAAGUGCUGGAUUUAUUCAGCAGACUGGAGAGCAAGUGAUGAACAUGGCUCAUGGUGCCAUGGACAGUGUGAAGAGCACACUUGGGAUGAAUGAAAAGAAAUGAACAAACAUGCCAUCUUCCUCUUAUGAUGCGUGAAGUGGUGUUAGCAGCUACUUUGAUGGAUUUAGGGUCUUUUUAGAAUCAUUUUGCUCUUUCCUUAAUCAUUAGGGACAAGAAAAUUUGUCUGUCAGUUGUAAUAAACGCUACAGAUCUUUAAUUUGUUUUCCUUCCAAAUCACAGCUUAAUUAUGUAAUAAAACCACACCAAAUGCAAUGCAAUGCAUUGCAAACAAGUUGGUUUCUUUCACCUUUAUUAAUAUACUUUCUUUUUACUGUUA